AUGACAGCACGAUUAGGGAGAAGUCGAAGUGAAAUAAGAAGCCGAUCUGCGUUAGCAUCCGAUCCAUCCGAUCAAUUGACUCGACGAAAACAAUUCGAUGAAGAAUUGGCAGCGAUUCGUAAUCAUUCGCAAUCCAUUUGGUCAAGACCUGAUACAUCAUUAACAACGCACGGCCAUUAUUUUGUUGAUCCAGAACAAAUUGAACGUACUCAAACAAGACCAACAUCAGCCGGACGACAUCAUAAUCCUCAUCCGAAAUUAGUUUUCAUGAGAACAGGAAUGAGAGAAAUUCCAUAUGCAUAUGGUGCACUAGCGUCUCGCCUGCCCUCACGUGAACGAAUAACAAAUAAAGCACCAAUUAUUCCGGAUUAUAUGGGAGAACUGCAAGAUUUAACACCAUUUGAACAACAGGGCGUUAAUGCUUUUCUAAAAUUAGCUAAUGACAAUGCAAAACCGAAUGUGGUACAAGCUCUUAAAAACUAUCGUAUUUUAAUGGCUAAUGAAUAUGAAUGUCCACCAAUUGGUGCUGCAACAGUAUGUCGAGAAGAUGGAAGUCGAACUGAAUUUUAUCCAUCGAUCGAUCGAUUUCGACAAGCCACAAAAAAUGAUAAAGAAAUCGAUGCUAUCAACAAAGCAAUUGAAAAUCCUGAAACUGAAAUCAAAAUUACAAGUAAUGUUCCGCCGGUACAACAGCCGGCUCUCACACGUAAUGUUCGUUAUCCAAAUCGACCUCUAUUUCAUUUUCAACGUCGAAGUCAUAGUCACUCGAAAUGUCCAUGGCCAUUAGCUCGUCAUCCAUUUCGUGGCGAUUAUUCCAUUCAUAGCGAUUGGCAUCCACGUUUACCUCAUCAUCGUUUAACGUGCCUCUGUUAA